ACGACGAUAACGACGUCAUAUCCGGGAUAAACAUCAACAAGGAAGACUGGUCCCGAGCGAUGGAGGGCUCCAAGUCCUCUACCAGCACCACCAUGCAGGUCAGCUUUGUGUGUCAGCGGUGCAGUCAACCCCUGAAGCUGGACACCUCAUUCAACGUGCUGGACCGCGUCACCAUCCAGGAACUCAUUGCGCCUUUGGUGACCGUGACCCCAAGCAAACAGACGGACAACAACGAAGGAGAUCAUGCACCAGAGGAAACUUUUGUGGAAAGUAAGCAGGAUGGCAUAGCGAGGAAAUACAUCCCUCCUGCCAGGAUGAUGUCCACCGAGAGCGCCAACAGCUUUACUCUGAUUGGAGAGGCGUCUGACGGCGGCACCAUGGAGAACCUGAGCAGGAGGCUGAAGGUGACCAGCGACCUGUUUGACAUCAUGUCGGGCCAGACGGACGUGGACCACCCGCUGUGUGAGGAGUGCACUGACACCCUGCUGGACCACCUGGACAACCAGCUCAACAUCACCGAGAACGAGUGUCAGAACUACAAGCAGUGCCUGGAGCUGCUGUCGGAGCUGCAGGUGGAGGAGGAGGAGAGCCUGCUGGCGGAGCUGCGCCAGCUGAAGGAGGGGGAGGAGGUGCUGGUGCAGGAGCUGGAGGCGGUGGAGGAGCAGCGGGCCGCCGUGGCCCAGGAGCUGGCCCAGGGCCGGAGCCACUCCCAGCAGCUGGACACCGAGGAGCUCCAGUACCAGAAGGAGUACAGUGAGUUCAAGCGGCAGCAGCUGGAGCUGGACGACGAGCUGAAGAGCGUGGACAACCAGAUGCGCUACUGCCAGGUCCAGCUGGACCGCCUCAAGAAGACCAACGUGUUUAACGCCACCUUCCACAUCUGGCACAGUGGUCAGUUCGGCACCAUCAACAACUUCCGCCUGGGCCGGCUGCCCAGCGUGCCGGUGGAGUGGAACGAGAUCAACGCCGCCUGGGGCCAGACGGUGCUGCUGCUGCACGCCCUGGCCAACAAGAUGGGCCUCAGCUUCCAGAGGUAUCGUCUCGUACCCUAUGGGAACCACUCCUACCUGGAGAGUCUGACGGACAAAUCAAAGGAGCUGCCGUUGUACUGCUCCGGGGGCCUGCGCUUCUUCUGGGACAACAAGUUUGACCACGCCAUGGUGGCCUUCCUGGACUGCGUGCAGCAGUUCAAGGAGGAGGUGGAGAAAGGGGACACAGGCUUCUGUCUGCCGUACAGGAUGGACGUGGAGAAAGGUAAGAUCGAGGACACGGGGGGCAGUGGGGGCUCCUACUCCAUCAAGACCCAGUUCAAUUCUGAGGAGCAGUGGACCAAGGCCCUCAAGUUCAUGCUGACCAACCUCAAGUGGGGCCUGGCCUGGGUCUCCUCCCAGUUCUACAACCGCUAGAGCUCCAACUAAUGGGCCCUGCUGCUUCCACACGGCAUCGGAUUCCCUGAUUUCCAGGCUUUUACCUAAGACCAGUUCUGGCCAAUUACGUGCCUAGGAGGCCCCUUCUACAAUAUUAACCAAUCACUUCACCCGUCAUCUAAUGACAAGCUCCUCCCUCUGAAGCUGAAAGUAACUGGGCUAGUUAUGAGGCAAUUCAGCUGGUGUAGUCAUCAACUGGAACGUAAAUAUGCGCUUCGUGGCUCAGGACUGGCUGUGAUGGAGUGAGUCUAUCCAAUGGGAGGAAGGAGAGGUUUUUGCCUAGGAUGUGGAGGUGUUGCCCCUGGGUGUGCAUCUUAUCGUUUGAUAACAGUGUGUGUUGCAGUGUGGCCAUCAGCCAACCUUAGGUCAAGACUGUGUAUAAGAAUGCACCACAGACAACGAACCGAGUGACACAAUAAGUCUCAAGGCGUUGAAUUCAUGUACUCAUACAACUGUAGGCAAACACGUGUUUGUUUUCUGCAUAAUGGACUGUCGAGAUUUUCCCUGCCGAUUUCUGAUUGGCUGACAUGAGAUUUCACCAAAUUCAAUUCCCAGGCCAGUGGUGUUCAUUCAUUCUGUAAUAUAUUUCUGGUAAGAAAUCCUGGCCCCUGUCAAAUGUUCAAUCUCCAAAUUCAUCAGUUUCACAGCCAGUGAACUCAUUGUACAGUGAUGAAACUAGUCAGGAUUUGUACCAGUAUCUUUGUUUUACCUAGUCAUCUGCUGUGUUUUAAUGUGAACCGGGUAUUGGUGAAUAACUGAGAGAAGUCCCAUGUUAGACAGCAGCAAUGUACGAUUUGCAAUAAAUAAGAUGUUAUAUAAUCCCA